CUUGCUCCUUGGCGCCGGGUGUUCCGCACAUGGUUGGCCGAGUGAAGUCUUCAUUCUAGACACACUAAUCAUAUUUAUGUAUUGUACAGGACAUUUAGACAGCUAGUUAAAUGCAGGACACGGAGGACAUGGCGGCCGAAUCCGGGUUCGAGGGUGAAGAACCUUCAUUUAGUGAUCCGGAGGAUUUUGUGGAUGAUAUCGAUGAAGAAGAGCUUCUGGGUGAUGUCCUGAAGGAGAGACCGCAGGAGGCCGAUGGAAUCGAUUCGGUGAUCGUGGUGGACAAUGUGCCCCAGGUUGGACCUGAACGUCUGGAAAAGCUAAAGACUGUCAUCCACAAGAUUUUCUCAAAAUUUGGGAAGAUCACGAAUGAGUUCUACCCUGAAGCUGAGGGCAAGACCAAGGGGUACAUUUUUCUGGAGUACACUUCUCCUGCACAGGCAGCUGAAGCGGUGAAAAAUGCAGAUGGCUACAAGCUGGACAAGCAGCACACCUUUCGAGUGAAUCUCUUCACUGAUUUCGAUAAGUAUAUGACGAUCUGUGACGAAUGGGAAACUCCAGAAAAACAGCCGUUCAAAGAUUUUGGAAACCUGCGACACUGGUUGGAGGAUCCUGACUGCCGGGAUCAGUACAGCGUCAUUUUUGAAGCUGGGGAGAGAACGGGAAUAUUUUCAAAUGAUGUUAAAGAACCGAUCUUGACUGAGGAGAGGCCUCGCUGGACGGAGACAUACGUUAGGUGGUCCCCUAAAGGCACCUACCUGGCCACAUUUCAUCAGAGGGGCAUUGCACUUUGGGGUGGAGAGAAGUUCAAGCAGAUCCAGAGAUUCAGUCACCAAGGGGUGCAGCUUAUUGACUUCUCUCCAUGCGAAAGGUACAUGGUUACGUUCAGCCCUCUCGUAGACAUGAAAGAUGACCCUCAGGCUAUCAUAAUCUGGGAUGUCCUUACUGGACAGAAGAAGAGAGGCUUCCAUUGUGAAAGUUCUGCCCACUGGCCAAUCUUCAAGUGGAGUCACGAUGGGAAGUUCUUCGCUCGGAUGACUCAGGACACGCUGAGCAUAUAUGAGACUCCUUCAAUGGGACUAUUGGACAAGAAGAGUUUGAAGAUUAGUGGGAUUAAGGAUUUCUCCUGGUCUCCCGGCGACAACAUCAUUGCAUUCUGGGUCCCAGAGGAUAAAGAUAUCCCGGCAAGAGUGACCCUGAUGCAGAUUCCGUCCAGGCACGAGAUCCGUGUGCGGAACCUCUUCAAUGUAGUGGAUUGCAAGCUUCACUGGCAGAAGAAUGGAGAUUACCUGUGUGUGAAGGUGGACAGGACACCUAGGGGUGCUCAGGGUGUUGUGACCAACUUUGAAAUCUUCAGGAUGAGAGAGAAGCAGGUUCCAGUAGACGUGGUGGAGAUGAAAGAGAGCAUCAUCGCUUUUGCCUGGGAGCCGAAUGGCAGUAAGUUUGCUGUGCUGCAUGGAGAGUCUCCUAGGAUCAGCGUGUCAUUCUACCAUGUGAAGAGCAAUGGGAAGAUUGAGCUGAUAAAAAUGUUUGACAAACAGCAAGCAAACAGCAUUUUCUGGAGCCCACAGGGUCAGUUCCUGGUGCUGGCUGGACUCAGGAGUAUGAAUGGUGCUCUGGCAUUCGUUGACACGUCAGACUGCACGAUGAUGAACAUCGCAGAACACUAUAUGGCUUCAGAUGUGGAGUGGGACCCAACCGGUAGAUACGUGGUCACCUCGGUUUCUUGGUGGAGCCACAAGGUGGACAACGCAUUUUGGCUUUGGACGUUCCAAGGGCGCCUCCUUCAGAAGAACAACAAGGAUCGGUUUUGCCAGCUGCUGUGGAGACCACGUCCUGCAACUCUUCUCAGCCAGGAGCAGAUCAAGCUUAUCAAGAAGGAUCUGAAGAGAUACGCAAAGAUUUUUGAGCAGAAGGAUCGUCUGAGUCAGUCCAAGGCAUCAAAGGAACUAAUCGAUAAAAGACAGACCAUGAUGGAAGACUAUCGCAAGUACCGUGCUGCUGCAAUGCAGCUGUACCAAGAGCAGAGACCUCUUCGUCUGGAGAUCAGGGGAGGUGUGGACACAGAUGAACUGGAUAGUAAUGUUGAUGACUGGGAGGAAGAGACCAUUGAAUUUUUCAUCAAUGAAGAAAUUAUUCCACUUGGAGAUCUGGCGUGAUUUUGGCCAAUUACCCUGAGAAGAUCUUUUGCAGCAAAGCACGCAGAUUUUUGUGGUGUCUACAAAUUCCAUGCUCCGCCUUUAUCCUGAUAUGAUACAGCAUAUAGUGCCUUUUAAUGUUAAUGUCAAUAACCAUUGAUGGCGAAUUUUGGGUGUUGGUCAUUUUGCACCACUUGGAUCUUAGGAAACAGCUACACGUUAGAUCAUUCGUACAUUUAGUUUUUCUACUUUUCAGAUUUAUACUUCCAUUUUGUUUUAACUGCAUUUACAGCAGUUUUAAAGAUUCUUGAACAAAAAGGAGCAUUAUGUCAUGUUUUACCACAGUCUGUGUUAUCAGUGAAUUUGAAAUGAACAGCGCCUCCUGCAGGUCACCAGAAGUGUUCACACAAAUUUUAGUGUCCAGCUCUAAAAUGGACUGAAUGCUCCCCCACCUGGAAAUGAUGACCUUAUAUUAAAUGUGCUACAAAUUAAAAGAUAAAAAUGGUGUUUGUUA